AAUUGAGACCGACGCGUAUAAAUAAACAAUAGUCAAUCCGGAGCAGACGCACCCGAAGGGAUGCAUGAUAGCGUGUGUUACAGCGCGUGCGCGCCCGUCAAGCAGUCGUUUUCAACCCCUCCUCGAACCACGAAGCCACUCUCGCGUUCUGCGCGUCGCAAGCACCCCGGCGAGAUCGACCCCGAGACGCGCUAUUUUUUCCCGUUACAUUAUUUGUCGCGUUCGUCCGCGAUCUCACGGGUGUCGCGAGCGAGAAUUCGUCGCCGAUACCCCGCGAUACGAAGCUGCCGGGCGCCACGGAUCGCCCUACCCCCUGUCACGGUGUGUCCGCGAAAGUUAUUGAUUCCCAUCGCGAGCAGACGGUGGUGGUUCGUCGAGCACACCUACGGUCGUGUUUAGGAGUACACCUGCCGCGAAGGUAAACGGCGACGUGCGUUUCACCUACUUUCGUCACUGGCUGCGACUUCGAUUGCUUUAAGGUGCGUCUCGACGCGUUGCACGGAGGCUGCCAAAAGGGGUAGCAGGGGUGUGUUUGCGAAGAGCUAUAGUUUGCGAUCUACGUUAAUUCUCAAAAGCCAAGAUGAAGAUCGGGCUGUUGAAAAACUUUUGCACUAUUUUCAACCUGAGGCAGGGCACAAUACUAAUUGCCAUAUUCCAAUUGUUCUCGUCCGGAUUCAGUAUGAUAUUCUUCAUCCUGGCUCUGGCGCACGCAAUGGGGAUUCAAGAAAUGGUGGUGAGAGACACCGAAGACGCCCUCGAGAGGGAGGCCUUGGAGGAGAUAUCGUCAAAUCAUCUCAACACCAAAAAAAUGGAUCUGGCGCAUCACAACGCAACCGAAAUGGUAUAUGCGAUGUACUGCGGCCUCGUCAUCACGGUUAUCCACUUCAUCUCUACUAUGUUACUUCUCUAUGGAGCUCUAACGAAUAAUCGUCACUUUAUGGCGCCUUGGAUGAUGGUCAAGAUCACUAUUAUAUCAGCCUUAGCAAUCUCAUUAUUCCUGGUAGAGGAGGAUUGUCCUUUCCUCGCUACUCUAGGCGGAAGAGCUGGUAUUUGCGAACGCCUAAUCGCCUUCUUCCUGAUAAUCAUGAGCUUUUACGUCUGGUUCGUGGUGUACAGUACUUAUAAGAGCCUCGAGACGAAGAAAGGACUUAUGCACGAGGUACACAGUAUGAAAAAAAAGUACGCAGUUCCCAUACCGCUGGAGGUACCAAAGGCGGCGAUUCAGAUGCCGGUGAACAAACCUUACGAACUUUAAAGAUAUUAUGAGAUAACAAUGGAGAAUUGAUUCGUCGAUGAGGAUGGAGAAAAUCCUCGUAAUAUCGCAAAAAUCGCAAGAUUCGAUCGUGACGAGCUCUCCGUGGCGUAGAUGCAUUUUGACAAAAAUACAUGUGCUUUCGGACAAGUCCGAAAAUUGGGAUGGCAAUUAGAGAUGGUUGUAAAAUCGUGAAUUAAAAGUGCAUUAUCUCGGAAAAAUGAUUGCAAACUGACGGAAGGUUUUCGUAAUAAAAAGUGUAUCGCACAUAGGAUGGGAUGUUUUUGUUUAUAAGAUUUUACUGUGUAAAGUUCAAGAGAAUUUGCAAGAAGCGCGCUUCUCAUAUUUAAAUGUUUCUCUCCUUGUUCUGCCUUGUCAAAGUUCAUGCAUGUUCUUUUACGUUCGUGCGUUGAGAUGGCUCUUUAAUGUAACGCACAGAUACUAGUGUUUAGGUCAUUCAAUCAAAAAACUGUAUAUCCACCGUACGCUCACAUGCGACACACAUGCGUUUCGGAUUUCCAUUCGUCGGAAUUCUGACGGGUGAAAAUAUCACGAUUCCAAAAGUAAUCUCUCUCUCUGCGAGUGCGCACUUCCUUUCACGCGCAAGACUGAAUUUAAUUUUUUAGCGUAAGCAAGUAAGAUCUCGAAUAAUUUACGCUCGUUAGAUUGAUAACAUCGAAAACGCUAUAUAUGAAUUGUAGACUAAUUUAUUAGAGAGAAAUAGCGGGGCAGGACUCCGAAUCGUGGCAUAAUCAGUUUUUAUUUCGUACUUAAACUCAACUUGUUUGUAAAAUUACAACCUCGUUAUUUGCGGUAAUAGCCGUGUGAUAUAAAGUGUAGAAUCUCUUGUGUAUAUGUAUAUUAGAUGUAUGGAAAAACGUAAAAAUAAAAAUUACAAUACUUCAGUACGAUA